AUGCCGCUUCCUCGUUCAGCUAAAGAGAUACCAGCAAGUGAUAGUGAAUGUGGCAAACUAUUUUCAAAGGAAGAUCCAGAAAAACUGUUCGUUGAUUUAAGAGAAAUUGGUCAUGGAAAUUUCGGUGCUGUCUACUAUGCUCGAAACUCAGAAACGAAUGAAUUAGUUGCAAUAAAAAAAAUGUCGACUGGACGGAAACAAAAUGCUGAAACAUGGCAAGAUAUUCUUAAAGAGAUUCGUUUUCUACGUGAAUUAAAUCAUCGUCACUGUAUUGCUUAUCGUGGAUGUUAUUUAAAAGAAUAUACAACAUGGCUUGCUAUGGAAUAUUGUCUUGGUUCAGCCGCUGAUCUUAUUGAAGUUCAUAAAAAAUCACUGGAAGAAGGUGAAAUAGCUACAAUUGUAUGUGAUACACUCAAUGCACUUGAUUAUCUUCAUUCAAUGCAUCGAAUUCAUCGUGAUAUCAAAGCCGGAAAUAUUCUAUUAACAGAAGAUGCUAUUGUUAAAUUAGCUGAUUUUGGUUCUGCGUCAUUUUCUAGUCCAGCCAAUAGUUUUGUUGGCACCCCUUAUUGGAUUGCACCCGAAGUCAUUCUAGCAAUGGAGAAUGGUCAAUAUGAUGGUAAAGUAGAUAUAUGGUCAGUUGGAAUAACUUGUAUUGAACUUGCUGAGCGUAAACCACCAUUAUUUAAUAUGAAUCCCAUGUCAGCACUUUAUCAUAUAGCACAAAAUGAACCGCCAACAUUAAUGAUGAAUAAUGAAAAUCAAGAACCAAAUUCCAAUAGUACAACACCAUUAUAUUCCAAGGAUUUUGUUUUAUUUAUUGCCAUGUCUUUACAGAAAAAUCCAAAUGAUAGGCCAACUGCUGCUGAACUAUUGAAUACAACAUUUAUAACAACUAAGAGUAAUCGUGAAAUAUUAAUUGAUUUAAUACGACGAACAAAAGAAGCUGUUAAAGAGUUCGAUAAUAUACAUUAUCGUCGUAUGAAAAAGGUUCUUACGGGUCAUGAUGAACAAAACAGUAUAAACACAAGUAGUUCAUCUGUACCCACUUCAAGUAUUACUGAAUCAAAUGAAAUGAUUAUAAUGGAUAUCGAGUGUUCAAGUCAUACGCAAUAUCCAAUGUUAGAUGAUGACGAUAGUCGUAGUGCAGAUUUUAUUUCCGACAAUAAUCAAAUCGAUCCAGAAGAUGAUGCAAGUUUAAAUUCGAGCCAAUCAAGUCUUCAACAUUCAUCAUUGAUUUCACACAAUAGUCUUCUCAUUGGUCGAAAAAUGUCCCUAACAGCUCAAUCUAUGCAAAAUCAAAUGACUGCGAAUAUCAGUCAAAGUUUUCCGCCAAUUGAUUUGAACAAUGCAACUCAAAUGUCUCUUUUUAAUCCUUUGCCUCCACUUCAAAUUGAUAUUGAUGAAUCGAAUCAUCCUUUAAGGAUUGAUUCAAUAACGUCUGAUACUUCUUCAAUGCAAAUACAACAUAAUAUUCAUCCUACGCUUGCUAAUGAAUUCUCUACGAUAAAAACCUCACGCAUUGUUAUACGUGAACAACGCGAACACGAUCAAGAAGAUCAACAACGUGAACAAUUCCGCGGCUAUAAACAAAUGAGACGACAACAUCAAAAACAAUUGAAACAGUUUGAAGAGCGGUGUCGUCAAGAUAAAGUUGAAUUACGCAGUAAACUUGAACGAGAAUAUAGUACAUUUCAAGAACAAGUUAACCUGGAAAAUAGUCGUCUAUUAGAAAAGCAUCGGAAAGAAUUAUCUGAUCGUAUUAAAUACAAUCAAAAUCAUUUGAGAAAGUUCGAACGUGAACAACAAACAGAUUUUGAUGAUGAACUUAAACGUUAUCAACAAGAACAAUCAAAACAAUAUAAAAUGAAAAAAGAUACACUUAAAAAGGAAAUUCUCAGUUCAUCAACACGUGGAAAAACUGAAAAAGAAGAUGAAAUACGCCGUUUAAAGGAUGAUUUACAAUUGAAAAUACGCAACGAUGAACAAACUUUAAAAUCACAAUUAAUGCAUGAUCAUACUGUUCGACGUUUACAAUUGAAGCGAAGAAAAUUAUUGUUAUUACAUGUCCUUGAGCAAAAGUUAUUCGAAGAGAAAUGUACAAAGAAUAUGGAUACAAUCAUUCAAAGACACGCUCUCCUUAAAAAACAACACGAACAAACGAAAGAACUCGAACAUAAACAAAUAGGAAAUUUGCACAAAAUGCGAAAUGAAUUUACUGGCAAACAACACCAAACUGAAAUAGCCAAUUUCAAUGAAUAUAGUAAUCGUCGUCAAAAAGAAUUAGCUAAACGACAUGCACUCAGUCAGAAACAAUUUCCAAAAAAUAUCAAAAUGAAACAAGCUGAUAUCAAACGUCAACAUAAAGAGGCAUACAAUACUCAAACACGUCAAUAUAAAGCUUUAAAAGAAAAAACACGUCUUGAUUAUUUAUACGCAUCAACGAAUGGUUCACGAGAAGAACUUGAUUUAAAACUUAAAACUCUCAAGGAUGAACAGCGUAGAAAAUUUGAUUUACUCUAUCAGCGUUACGAGGAAACAAUACGAAAAAUGCUUGAUCAACAAAAUUUUAAACUUAAUACAGAUCAAGAACGUGAACGUACUUCAUUGAAAACAAUACUCGAUGAAGAUCAAAGAAAUCUACUUAGUUUACAAGAAGAAAGUCGCCAUAGAAUGGAACAGCAACAUCUUGAUGAACGAAAACAAUUAGAGAAAAAUAUUGAAGAACGAUUAAUAGAAUUUAACAAACAGAUGGAACAAGAAUUAACUGCAUAUAAUGAAGAUCGUACAAGACAAUUCGCAUUGCUCCUAGAAAAGCAACGUCGUGAAUUAUCUCAAAUUGACUCCGAAAUAACAACGUUAGGUAUUAAUGUUGCUGACCUAGCCGAAUCAAUGCAAGACAUACAUUUUUUUACUGCCAUUCCUGAUGUUAAUACCUCCCCAAAUAACCGUGCAUCAAUGAUCAGUUUGCAUCGUUCUUAUAGUUUAAAUUCGUGUAUGUCGAAUACAACAAACAACGGUAAUGGAACAACAGGAACCAGUCAUCAGUAA